ACGACCACGAAGCCCUCGGCGCAGAGCAGUCGCGUCGCGUCGGCGUCGGCCUUGAACGCGAGCCGGGACGACGAAAGCGAGCUGCUGACGUCAUACACGCCCAAGGCCUCGUCGUCUACAGACUCCCCAGUGAGCCAAGCGAGGGAGAGCCUGAGCGCGCUGCGGGUGGGGCUCGCGCGGCAGCUGGAAGCGGUGGAGCAGCGGCUCGAGGAGGCCGAGGCCAGGAGCGCGGAGGACCACCAUUUUGCGGCGGACAUGCACGCCUGGAACCUCCAGCUCCUCGCCCAGCAGAAGGCCGACCAGCAGAGGAUCCGAGAACUCGAGGAGAUGUGCAAGGCGCUGAUGGACGAGAAGGAGGAGCGAGGAGGCAAUGGCGACGACAGUGGCGAUAAUUACCUGCCGCGCCAGGAGGAGCUCCAGACGAUGACGCGGGACCAACUCAACGAGGUCGAGAGGCGACAGGAAGAAUACCUCCUCACCAUCCGCAAGAUCAAGAUCAGCCUCAUCCGGUGA